AUGGUGAAGAAUGUUCCUGUUACUGGGCAGAAACUUAUUCAGAAGAACUGUGGUGUGAGAUGCGGAAAACGAGCGAACGAGGUCGCGGCCGCGGGGGGGAGCGGAAAACGAGCGAACGAGGUCGCGGCCGCGGGGGGGAGCGGAAAACGAGCGAACGAGGUCGCGGCCGCGGGGGGGAGCGGAAAACGAGCGAACGAGGUCGCGGCCGCGGGGGGGAGCGGAAAACGAGCGAACGAGGUCGCGGCCGCGGGGGGGAGCGGAAAACGAGCGAACGAGGUCGCGGCCGCGGGGGGGAGCGGAAAACGAGCGAACGAGGUCGCGGCCGCGGGGGGGAGCGGAAAACGAGCGAACGAGGUCGCGGCCGCGGGGGGGAGCGGAAAACGAGCGAACGAGGUCGCGGCCGCGGGGAGGAGCGGAAAACGAGCGAACGAGGUCGCGGCCGCGGGGGGGAGCGGAAAACGAGCGAACGAGGUCGCGGCCGCGGGGGGGAGCGGAAAACGAGCGAACGAGGUCGCGGCCGCGGGGGGGAGCGGAAAACGAGCGAACGAGGUCGCGGCCGCGGGGGGGAGCGGAAAACGAGCGAACGAGGUCGCGGCCGCGGGGGGGAGCGGAAAACGAGCGAACGAGGUCGCGGCCGCGGGGGGGAGCGGAAAACGAGCGAACGAGGUCGCGGCCGCGGGGGGGAGCGGAAAACGAGCGAACGAG